AGAGAGAGCACUUUACCACUUUUAUAUGUUGCACGCAUCCAUCCACAGCAGAAAACACAAGGAGGACAAGGGUACUCCACAGACAAGAGAAAGAAAGAAAACCCCAUUUAAAGCUUUUUUCUUUUUGUACUGUGCACAUCACAAGAAGAACAAAGAUGGGUUUUUGAACCAUCACAUAAAAGAGAGAGAAACAAAAAAGAAAUAGGGAUAUUGGAGAAAAACAAGAAGAAGCUGUGCAAGUGAAAGAAGAUGAAGGAGGAGAAUGAAUGAGGGUGUUAAAGCUCAGAUCUUUGUCUUUUGUUCUCACCAGAAAUUUCCUACUUGGUAUUUUGAGGUCAUCAAUUUGUGCACCGAGUCCUUGACUGAAACCCAAUUUCGUGGUUUUUGUGGGGUGGAGUUUGUUCUUCUACCAACUUGCUGGGGUUGAUUUAGAUGAAGGCCGUGCCCCUACCCUUUCAGGAAUUUAGAGGAAACGGGGUGUUAGAUUUUGCUUCUGGUGCUGUUGCUGUUUCAGAUUCGCUGUUACUCCCACAGCAAGAGCAAUUUCUGCAAAGGUGGAAUCCCCACAGGGAAAACUAUUGCUAUGUGGGCAUUGAGCCCACUUCUGGUUUGGACCUCAAAAGGAAAACAAGCCCUCCCACUUCCUCCUCUACACUGUCUUCUUCACGCGGCAGCAGCGGCUGCGGUGGAGGGUGCGGCUCGACCGAUAGCACCACCGGCGCUGGAGCACCGAAGGUCUCGACUGAGAAGGAGAACAACCCACCUCAAGCAGGGUUAGAGGUUGCACAGGGAAGAUGUGGGUUGGGAAUGGAGGAUUGGGAGAGUGUGUUGUCUGAGUCAUCUGGUCAGGAUAAUUCCAUUUUGAAAUUGAUUAUGGGGGACAUUGAGGACCCAUCUCUGGGAUUGACCAAGCUUUUGCAGGGUGGAAGCGCCUCUCAGGAUGUUGAGUUCAAUGGGGUUGGAGUGGGUUUUAGUUUGGUGGAUCAAAGUUCUGUGCUUGAUCCCAUUACCAGUGUCAACUUUGUGACCAACAUUGAUCCCUCUGGUCAUGGGAAUUGUUCCGACUUCCCUUUCAAUUCCCAUACUAAUGUUAACUCCAAUAUUUCCAGAGUUGGUUCUGGUGUGAAUCCGCCUAACCCUGGGUUCCCUGAUUCGGCUACCAAUCUCUCACCAGUUUCACUCCCUCAGGGUGUUUUUCAGCCACAACAACAGCAUCCAGCAAUGGAACCUCUGGAUGAGAAGCUGCAAGUUCUCUAUCCCCAGUUUAUUUUGAACCAAAAUCAAACUCAGUUUAUGGCAAACCCAGGUUCGGUUUUGCCUUUGAAUUAUGCUCAGUUGCAAGAACAUCAUCAGCUUCUCCCACAGCCUCCGGCAAAACGCCUGAAUUGUGGCCCAAAUUAUCAGGUUCCUAAGGCACCCUUCUUGGACUCUGGCCAAGAGCUGUUACUACGGAGGCAGCAACAGCAGCUUCAACUGCUCCCUCACCAUCUGCUGCAGAGGUCAUCCAUGGUGGUGGCCCCAAAGCAGAAAAUGGCGAGCCCCAGCGGUGAAGAUUUGGCAACCCACCAGCUUCAACAGGCUAUAACUGAACAGCUUUUCAAGGCUGCAGAGCUGAUCGAUGCCGGUAAUCUGGAACUCGCGCACGGGAUAUUGGCGCGGCUCAAUCACCAACUUUCCCCCUUUGGGAGGCCUUUUCAGAGGGCUGCUUUUUAUUUCAAAGAGGCCUUGCAAUUAGGACUUCAUUCAAAUUCCAACAACAGUUCUAUGACCUUCUCACCCACAGGCCUUCUGCUCAAAAUUGGUGCUUACAAAUCAUUCUCAGAAAUCUCACCAGUUCUGCAGUUUGCCAAUUUCACUUGUAAUCAAGCACUGCUUGAAGCUGUGGAAGGGUUUGAUCGCAUUCACAUAAUAGAUUUUGAUAUUGGGUUUGGUGGACAGUGGUCUUCUUUCAUGCAAGAGUUAGCACUGAGAAACGGAGGUGCACCUGAACUCAGGAUCACAGCAUUUGUGUCACCCUCCCACCAUGAUGAAAUUGAGCUCAGUUUCACUCAGGAGAAUUUGAAGCAAUAUGCUGGCGAGAUAAACAUGUCCUUUGAGCUUGAGAUUUUGAGCUUUGAAUCUUUAAAUUCUGCCUCCUGGCCCCAGCCACUUCGUGAUUGUGAAGCUGUGGUGGUUAACAUGCCUAUUGGCUCAUUCUCAAGCAACCCAUCAUAUCUUCCUUUGGCCCUUCGCUUUGUGAAGCAGCUCAUGCCAAAAAUUGUUGUUACAUUGGAUAGAAGUUGCGAUCGAACUGAUGCACCAUUUCCUCAGCAUCUGGUUUUUGCCCUUCAAUCUUAUUCAGGGCUGCUUGAAUCACUUGAUGCCGUUAAUGUUCACCCAGAUGUCCUUCAGAUGAUUGAGAAGUAUUAUCUUCAACCAGCAAUGGAGAAGCUUGUUUUGGGCCGACAUGGUUUUCAGGAAAGAACACUUUCUUGGAAAAACCUUCUCUUGUCAUCUGGGUUUUCACCAUUGACCUUCAGUAACUUCACAGAAUCUCAAGCAGAGUGUUUGGUGCAGAGGACUCCUGGUAAGGGAUUCCAUGUUGAGAAAAGACAGUCUUCCCUGGUUCUUUGCUGGCAAAGGAAGGAUCUCAUCUCAGUUUCAACCUGGAGAUGCUGACGACAGCCACUUUGCACCUUUGAACUGCCAAUUAAUUUUUAAAUUCAAAGGUGCUUCACAACUUACUGCUUUUUAUGAUCUUUCUUGCUUCAAUUUGCCUUGGCCAUGGUUCCAUGCUAAUGAACUGUUUUUAGGAUUUAUUUUUCAGUAAACCAAGUGAACAUAUUAAUUAGCAACUGAAUGCCAAUUUAUGAGUUCUGAUAUUUAGUGUAUUUCUAUAAAUAUGGGCAUUUUAUUUAUGCUUUUUUGCCCCAUUUUCAUUGCUUUAAGUGAUGGACUUUUCUUGUAUGCUUGACAGUAACACUAAUCAUCCUGUAAAGUUGAGGCUUUGUUUGAUCCU